AUGAAGGAGGAGGAUGUCCUCAAAUUCCUUGCAGCAAGAACCCAUUUAGGUGGCACCAACCUUGACUUUCAAAUGGAACAGUACAUCUACAAAAGGAAAAGUGAUGGUAUCUACAUCAUAAAUCUGAAGAGAACCCGGGAGAAGCUUCUGCUGGCAGCUCGUGCCAUUGUUGCCAUUGAAAACCCAGCUGAUGUCAGUGUCACAUCGUCCAGGAAUAGUGGCCAGCAAGCUGUGCUGAAGUUUGCUGCUGCUACUGGAGCCACUCCUAUUGCUGGCUGCUUCACUCCUGGAACCUUCACUAACCAGAUCCAGGCAGCCUUCCGGGAGCCGAGACUUCUGGUGUUUACUGAUCCCAGGGCUGACCACCAGCCUCUUACAGAGGCGUCCUGUGUUAACCUGCCUACCAUUGCUCUGUGUAACACAGACUCUCCUCUGUGCUAUGUGGACAUUGCCAUCCCUUGCAACAACAAAGGAGCUCACUCAGUGGGUCUGAUGUGGCGGAUGUUGGCCAGGCAUGUUCUGGGCAUGUGUGGCACCAUUUCCCGUGAACACCCAUGGGAGGUCAUGCCUGAUCUCUACUUCUACAGAGAUCCUGAAGAGAUUGAAAAGGAAGAGCAGGCCGCUGCUGAAAAGGCUGUGACCAAGGAGGAAUUUCAGGGUGAAUGGACAGCUCCAGCUCCUGAGUUCACUGCUACUCAGCCUGAAGUCGCAGACUGGUCUGAAGGCAUGCAGGUGCCCGUGGUGCCUAUUCAGCAGUUCCCUACUGAAGACUGGAGCGCCCAGCCGGCCACUGAAGACUGGUCUGCAGCUCCUACUGCUCAGGCCACUGAAUAG